GGGGCAGCAGUGAGGUGGACACCGGAGCUAAGCCCGGAAGUAUCCUCCGGUAACCAGUGAAGAUCAUGGCGCCAGCGGCACAGAUCACGGUCGGGGUGUUGAGACUUUUGAUUUCCUCUGUGCUUUUGUAAGGUGACACGUAAAGGCUGAGCGAAUUUUGGAUUAUUAUUACAGUGCUACUUGUGGCCCACCUAGCAGGUGACCUGCAGCAGACAUGGAGGACAAAGGACCCAGGGUUGCAGACUACUUUGUGGUGGCAGGACUGACUGAUACCUCCAAGCUUUUGGAUCAUGAGAUGAGCCGUAUGGAGACCAAGGCAGGGGGUCCAAAAGCUCCCAUCACUGAUAUUGCUGUAAUUGACAGGACACUUGGUGAAUGUGUGCCUGAGGGAUAUACCAGCAUUGAACUAACACCAAAUGGCUUGCAGGCAAAUCUGAACCACGGGAGCUUAACAAGCAAUGAGCUCUAUAUUUGUUACAAGCGGGAAAAGGGAAAGGCGCCUCUAACAGAUAUUGGUGUGAUUUAUGAUGGGAAGGAGCGCCUCAUAGCAGGUUGUGAGAUCAUCCAGGCCACACCAUAUGGACACUGCGCAAAUGUCAACAACAGCUCUACAAACACCUCACGAAUAUUCAUCACUUAUCGCCGAGCUCCUAUUAUUCGCCCUCAGAAUUCCCUUGCAGUCACUGACAUCUGUGUGAUCAUUGCUAGCAAAGGAGAAAUCCCGCCACAUACCUUCUGUAAAGUGGACAAGAACCUUAACUGCGGCAUGAUUACUUUAGGUUAAUUAGGAGCUAUUGACUACAAUCCCACAUCAUACUAGAUACAGAUAUGGUAGAUGGCCUAAGGUUGACCUAUACUUGUUUGACAAUAAGGAA